AUAAAUCAGUAUUUAAGUUCAAACUGUAAAGCAGCAGCUCGCGCGCACGCGCUGCAAUACCGGCUUAUACCGGUACUGAAAGACAGAAAGAAAGAGAGAAACGGAGAGCUGACAGACGGAGAGAAGAUGUGCUAAGGAGAAGAGAGGAAAGGAGAGCAGCAACGGGAGGAAAAGAGAAGAGAACCGGAGCUGUUCAGUAAUCCAGCAGCUCCGGCUCGGCUCGGUUCGGUUCAGACUGAAGCUAACCGGCUCUCAGCGCUGCUCUCCGCUCGGCUCUCAGUGAGAUGCUCCAGCGAGGAAACGCCAAGAUUUAACGUCUUUUGAAAUAAAAACCGGCAACUUUCCUCAGAGUUUCUCCUCGUUUUCGGCAGAAACAUCUCCAGCCAUGAAGGGACUGGUGCCCACGCUGCGGGGGUGCAUGAGCGCCAACGUGUACCCUCAGGUUCCAGAUGGAGGCUGGGGCUGGGCCGUGGCCGUGGCCUUCUUCUUCACAGAGGUCUUCACCUACGGCAUCAUCAAAAUCUUUGGCAUUUUCCUGCAAGACCUCACGAACGAUUUUGGAGAAUCCAAUAGCCGAGUGUCCUGGAUCGUCUCCAUCUGCGUCUUUGUGAUGACCUUCACAGCCCCUUUAUCCACGGUGCUGAGUAACCAUUUCGGAUGCAGGCCGGUGGUCAUGUUUGGAGGUUUCCUGAUCAGCCUGGGGUCGGUCAGCACAGCCUUCACGCAGUCCAUUGACCAGAUGUACGUCACUGUGGGCCUUGUCUCAGGCCUGGGUUACUGCCUCACCUUCCUGCCUACAGUCACCAUCCUCUCGCAGUACUUCAGCAAGCGCAGAUCGCUCGUCACUUCCGUCGCCUCAACCGGAGAGUGUUUCUCACUCUUUGUUUUAGCUCCAGCCCUGAGUGCCCUGAAAGAUCACAUUGGCUGGAGGAACUGCCUGGUUGUGAUUGGCCUCCUGCAGGCGUCAGUCAUUGCCUUUGGAGCGCUGCUCAGGCCCAUCAUCAUCCAGCCCAAACCCUCCGCCCCAGAAGAGGAGGAGGGGCCUCAGUCUCCCCUCAAACAAACCAAAAGCAAAUAUGAGCUGGAGAACGAGUUUACCCGAACCUCCUUCAGCUCCGUGGACUCCGGAGUGCAGUCCAUCUCCUCUUCCAGAACCAACCUGGCUGAGGGUGCGAGCCCUAGUCGCAGUGCGGCAGAACGAGGCUCAGAACAAACUACAGACCUGCAGCUGGUGGAGAAGAGAGGAGAGGAGGAACCUGAACCUCCAGCACUUCCCUCAACUCCUCUUAAACAGCCCACAGCACAGCAGGAGGAGAAAGCAGAGCCGCAGGCGGCUCGGCCCAAACUUCUGGACUUUUCCGUGCUCACGGACUGCAGCUUUAUCUGCUACUCUCUCUUUGGCCUCUUCGCCACAUUGGGCUUUUUCGCCCCGCAGCUCUACGUGAUUGAACUGAGCGUCAGCCGCGGGUUAGAACGCGAUCGAGCCACCUACAUGCUGUCCACGAUGGCCGUGGCCGAAAUAUUCGGCCGCCUCUCCAUUGGCUGGGUGCUGAACCGCCAGCCAAUCCGAAAAAUCUACAUCCUGCUGAUCUGUACGCUGCUGCUGAGCCUGGUGCUGGCGCUCUUCACCGCCGUCUCCGAGUUCUGGGGGUUGGCUUCUUGCUGCGCCGCCUUUGGCUUCCUUUUCGGCACCGUAGGCUCCACCCACAUCCCCAUGCUGGCUGAGGACGAUGUGGUGGGCAUAGAGAGGAUGCCAUCGGCCGUCGGAGUUUACGUUUUUAUCCAGAGCUUUGCUGGGCUGGCUGGUCCACCACUAGCAGGCACUUUGGUCGACAGGACGCAGAAUUACGGCUCAGCCUUCUACACCAGCGCGGCCGGUGUGGGCGUGGGGGCGCUAUUCCUGGGUCUGGUUCGGCCUGCCAAACUCGGACUGUGCUGCUGCAGGAGGAAGAGUGUGACGCAGGAGGAGAAACAGGGAGACACUCACAGCGAGGACACACCCGCUGACUUCCUGGAAGUGGACCUGGUUCUGGACAGCAGCUCAGCGAAGAGUCCACCUGAUUCAGCAUCAGCCUGAAAACCUCACACUCACAAAUAAACACACAUACUGAAGGACACAGUGGAGACAGUGGGGUCAACUGGCUUGAUUCACACGUGUACAGCUUUUCCACAUUCCUGCUAUUGGAGCACAGCCAGUGUAGAGUCAGAGUCAAAGUCAGGUAGAGAGUUUCAGAAGGACUUGUGUGCUGCCCAGACGGGGAACUGACCCCUAGUCUGUUAUGUGGAGGGCAGCAGUUUUACUCUUUAUGCUCUACAAACCACUGACAGCAGUGAGAGACAAGCAGGGUUAUUAUUGGGUUAUUAUAUGGACUACAACAAGUUAUUCUCAGAUGUGAAUAAAGCAACAUUCACACAGAUUUUCAACUGAUUAUUUUAUGAUUUCAGAAAGUCUCAAAUACAGACUACACAUUUUUGAUAUUCUACAGAAACUAAAAGCGAAAAACCGCCUACAAAAAGUCACUCUGAGCAUUGAGAAGGUGGCGUAGCGGCGCAUAGAGUGACAUGUUACAGCUAACGAAAUUCAUGUAGAAACUUUUUACUGCUUAAGUUUGGAGCUGUGGGUUUUAAGGCCUUUUAAGGUGGUAAUAUAAUACGUCUUCAAUGGAACUUUGUUUUUCAUGACGAAUAGAUUUGGACCAAUAGAAACGGUCCAAAUUUACAUGGAAUAAAACCUCGUCACGGUAUUGUA